GCAGGAGACACUUUAACCGCCUCUCCGGCGCGGAGCGGAUCAGAGCGCAGCGCCCGGUGGCGCGGAUCCACCUUCCCGUGCAUGACAUGUACCAGCAUCUGGUUUGUGCUUCCGAUAAUGGACUCGUCUGUCUCUUUGUCUCCGUCCUGAGGACUGCUGGGAUGUGCUGAGCUUGCAGACGGAGAGUCCGCAGCGUGGAUGUCCAGAAGGGAAAUGCUGCUUCACGGACAGCUGGACUCUGCGUCUGAAGGAAUUCAUGGAUCAAAGUAAGUGACAGCAACAGUUCAUCCGAUGAUUGAGACCAGCACUCCGACCAUGUUGGACAAAACUGAACCGGCACACUGCACCGUGUGCUGCUGCACCCUGGCCAACAAAAUCCUCAUGGUGCUCUUCAUGGUGCUGCUCAUCUUUGCCAUCCUGUUUGGGAACCUGGUGACUCUGGCUGUGAUUCUAGGGACUAAACACUUCCACACGCCGCAGGGCUACCUGAAGGCGUCGCUCGCUGUGGCUGAUCUGGCAGUGGGGAUAUUCGUGGUGCCGCUGUCCGUCUACGCCGAGGUCUAUCUCAUGGUGACCGAUUCGGCACCAGAGUGGACUUCGUACAACUCGCAGUCAGUGAGUUUCCACCCGUGCAACGUUAUCGGCCCCAUCUUCGCUGGGUGCACCUUAGUUUCCAUCACCACCAUUUUCCUGCUGACAAUCGAGAGGAGCAUCGCUGUGCUGAAGCCGCUGCACAAGGACUCUGUGAUCACACGUAAGAGGACGACGAUCCUCAUCGUCCUCUCCUGGGUGGGGAGUUUCUUCCUGGCGGUGUCUCCGAUGAUUUUCAGCAGCGAGAUCGCUCUGGAGUACAACUCCUGCAGCCGGAUGUGUAAUUACGCACUGGGCAACAUCGGCGAGUUCCCCAGCCCGGCCUGGAACAUCCUGCUUCUCUUCCCUGCGUUUGACUUCACCCUCCUCGGUGGAACUAUGGUCAUUAACAUCAUCUCUCUGUCCAGCAUCCGGCAGCACUCGAAGCGCAGGAAACACCUGGCCGAGACUGAGAGCACAGUUACCAAACCUACUUUCUCUGACAUCAAGGCGGCCAAAACAAUAGGAACACUGACUGUGGCGUUUACCGCAUCCUUCACCCCCAUCGCUGUCUUCGUGGUCGGCAACGUUUUGGGCAACAAAUGGUGCAACUUCUCCUUUUUCGCCUUCUGGAUUUUGGCCACCAACAGUUGCUGGAAUGUGAUCAUUUACAGUGUGAGGGAUCAGAAGUUCAGACUUCGUGCACACAAGCUCCUCAUGCCUUUCCAGAGAAAAGACACAACCAAGACCUGAAAAUACGAGAUCAGGGACCAAAGACCGGAACCUGAGCAGGACCGCAUCGUUUAGAUGUUUGUUUGUCACACAAACUCUUUGUGAGUCUCGUUAAGAGACGUGUCUGCAUGUUUUGUGGAUUGCUGUCGUGAUUCUUUUUUACAUAAUUAAUUAGCAUGGAAAGUUUUCAGAUCUCAGCUGUUGGAUAUUGAAUGUCCGUCUUUGUUCUGUGUAACAUUACGAUUACAGAAGCCUGUUCAGUCUGUGGAUGGUUUUACCUGAGUGUAAUCAAUAAAAACAUGAACACAGUCUGUCUUCUGAUUCUACAC